AUGCCACGACUGAACCCAAGGUCUCAGGCUGCGAUUGAUCGAUUGCGGUCUUACAAACCCCCGACGACAAAUUAUGAUCUGUUGCCGUUAACCAGGCGAGCGGCGGUUUUAUUGCUGCUGUAUGCAGAUGCGAAGGGGGAUUUGAGGAUUGUCUUGACUAUUCGGGCGAAGACGUUGAGUUCGUAUGCCGGACACGCUGCUCUACCAGGUGGCCGCGCAGACGCACUAGAAGAAACCCCCCUCCAAACCUCCCGCCGCGAAGCGCGUGAAGAAAUCGGCCUCCCAGAAACAAACGCCUCCAUCCCUUCCCCGUUUACCGUCGAGCAUCUCUGCGAGUUACCGGCGAAUCUCGCCUGGACGGAGCUGGUGGUACGCCCUUGUGUGGCGCUACUGCACUCCUACGACGAAAAGACGGGUGUCAAUGAGGAUCCAGAGGUGUCGUUGAUUCCCAGAUUGGAUGCCCGGGAGGUUGCGGCGGUGUUUACGGCGCCAUUUCAUAAUUUCCUAAAACAGGAAGAUGAGUUUUUGCCUAGUUCUGAUGGGGAAGCUGUAGAGGCUGGCAGCGCAAGUCCCGGGGAGUGGUAUUCGGGGGCGUGGACGGAGUGGCAUCAAUCUAAUUGGAGGAUGCACCAGUUCUUUGUCCCCGUGCGGGACAAAUCCGUCACCAAACCCAAACCGCGCAACCAAACACCCACGCAAAAGCACGCAGUCGACAAACUUUCGCAGGACGAACACGAGCGCGAAAAGGCGGGUCAGUCGACCACGCGAUUCAGGGUUCAUGGAAUGACGGCCCGGAUGCUCGUGGAUGCGGCGCGGGUGGCGUAUGCUGAGGAACCGGAGUUUGAGCAUAAUAGCGAUUUCGGGGAUGAGGAGAUGAUCACGAGAUUGAUGCGGAUGGGGAGGUUGAGUGCUGUGAGGAAGAAGGGGGAUAAGUUGACGAGGGAGGAUAUGCAGCGGGCGGCGAAGCUGAGUUAG